GUCUCUCUCUCUCUCUCUCUCUCCCUCCUUCUCUUCCUCUCUCGCUCUCUCGUCUCGUCGCCUGCGUUUGGGGAUAGUGUGACAAACAUUGCAAUGACGGAAGUAAUGAUGAACAGCUGUAAACCCUCAAUGGAUGAACUCGACUUGAAACACGACGACAACAGGCUUCCUUUCCAGAUCUUUCCGGAUCCGUGCGAUUCCUACGAGGGACACUGUAAACUGAAGGACCGAUUGCCGUCUAUUGUGGUGGAGCCGACGGACGUGAACGAGGUGGAGAGCGGGGAACUGAGGUGGCCGCCCGAAGAGUUUCUAGUCCCCGAGGAACAGAUAUCUUUCGUCGAGGAGAGAGAGAAGGCGGGAGAAGACACAGCUUCGCGGCGGGAGGAAGAGCAGAGACCCCCACCUUCCGAGGAGGGUCACCGCUCCAACAACUGAGGGGGUUCCCCUCGGCCCAAGCAAGAUGGGACGCGCGGUGUUUUCCGAACAUCCGUGGUUUUCCGAGCAUUCGGACCGAUCGGGAGCCGGGGUGGCGGGGGGGGGGGGGGGGGGGGGGGGGGGGGGGAAAUUUCGCUUGAAAAAAAGCCACCUUCUGGCCUGCCCGACGUGAGGAACAA